GUUUCCUUCCUUCCUCGCUGUCUGGUGAACCAGUCACGGAAAAAUACACGCAAUUAAUGUCAUAGAUCAUAGUAAACUAGCUGGUUUUGUGGAAAAUGGUUGCAGUUGCCAUGUGUUCUGCACGCAUACUGAACGGCGUGCCGCUGAAUUUUAUAAGGUGUUCAUUUCGCUCGUCCAAAACCGCUGAAGUUUCAGUUGCGAAUAUGGAAAACCGUUUCAUACAGACGCACGCUGUCGGUGUAAGACGUCCGUACAGUACUAAAUCACACAAUCUCAAGGUACCAAGUGCUGCAACAUGGAAACCGGUAGUGGAGAACCAGCUUCCCCCGCCUACUCAUGUGCCUGCUGACCUGGUCGACAAAUUGGAGAGACUGGCUUUAGUUGAUUUCCGCACAAAAGAGGGACUGGCCUGUUUGGAGAGUGCUAUAAGAUUUGCCGAUCAGCUUCAUGUCGUUGACACAAGUGGGGUCAAACCAAUGGAUUCAGUUCUGGAGGAAAGGGCACUAUACCUAAGGGGUGAUACAGUGACAGAAGGGGACUGCGCAGAAGAACUGCUCCAGCUCCCCAAAAGCUCUGUUGAGGAGUACUUUGUGGCUCCCCCGGGAAACAUUCCACUUCCGCAUAGGGAGGAGAGAGCUGCCAUGCUCAAACACUCAGAGUUUUGAACUAGUUCUUGAUAUUUAUUUAUUGCAUGUUAUUAUAUGGUAUUUGUUUGUACAUUAGAUGUAAUUAUCAAAAGAUAUUUGUUCCGGUGCCUUUCAACAUUAUGUUGUCACUGUCAAAUUCUGCUGUUUCAUCUUGUGCGACCAUCCUGCUUUGCAUUACUAGAGAUGCACUUUGUUAAUGUUGCUCAAUAAAUGUUGUGUCAGAUUGUAAUUGUCGCUGUCAAGAUUGGUGGAAAUACUUGCUCUUUCAUAAGUUCUCCAGUAGCUAAAGGAUUCCAGAUAAUAAACGUUUUC